CCCACUAAUGUCCUUAGGUUGUGAUAGGUUGCCCACAGUAUUCACCUUUAUAUUCUCUGGUCUCUUCUCUCUUUCCACCGUUUCAGAAUCCCGCUUUCUGCUUGUCUCUUUUCCUUUUCUCCCUAAGUACCCACAAACCCUUACAUUCUCCUCUCUAUUCCUUCCUCCUUGGUCUUAGCCACUGCCAAGGAGAGAGGAGGACUCCUCAGAAUCCACAAUCUUUCUUUCCAGAUCACCCAAAUCCCCUGAGAGAUCUGACAGUCAGAUCUGCGCCCAACUCCUCCUCUUUUCUCAAAAGGCUCUUAGGCACAUAGUUAGCUUCAAGCAACUUCAUUCUGAGCUUGGCCUUGAACACGUUCGGGACUGCCCGCCCACUCACCCUAGUCUGGGUUGAGCUUCCGGUCUCUUGGUCCCUAAUCACAGUGGACCUCUUUGUUAUCCUCUGCUAUCACCUUAGAUCCUGCCUUUGGGCUUUUGCCUAAACUGUGCCCUUGGAUAGGACCUCCCUUACUGCUUGCUACCUUCAACAACUGGAUCUAACUUUUUUUUUUUUUUUAAGGUCGCACCAGCAACCACGCCUUCUUGGCGGAUCGUCUGCAGACUGCUGUAGGGUGGGUUUCUAUCUGCCGUUCCACCCAUCCCCUCUCUUCUUGGUCUUUGGUCUCGACACCCCCACCCCCGCACCUCAGGCACCCUCCACCACCCCGGACAGUCUGCGGCUGGGUCUGAUUCCUCCAUCAGACCGUGAGCUCCGUGUGCAAGGGCAGAUAUGGGGGUCUGAUUCACCUUUGAGUUCCAGUGCAGAGGAGGGGAGGAACACUGCGCAGGAGGGGGGGGGGGCGGCGACGCGGCGAAAGGGGUGGGUGGAAAUGCAGCCCCUGGUUGGAGAAGGUGCAGAGUGGGAGAAGAGAGGGAGAACACACCCAUCCAGAAAGGGAGAAAAACGGAAAGAAAAUGCAAGAACCUUCGCUAGCAAAAUGGUUGAAGAUGCAGACAGUGAAAGGCUGAAAGGGCAGAUAGAAGGAAAACCAGAAAAAAGAAUGACAUAGGGGUGGCAGACAAGAGGGAGGAGGCUUAGAGUCUGGAAGGGGGGAGAGAUGAAGGGAAUCGAAGGGUAGAAAGCUACUGAGACUGAACGGACACUAUCGGAGGAGGAGGAGGGAAGGAGGGAGUCUGCCUCCACUGCCUCCCGGCCUCUCUUUUGUCCCUUCCCUUCUCCCUGCGUCAUGUUCCCCUAGCCCGGCCUCCCCUCCCGCUCCCUCCUCCACCCUGCUCCUCCUCCCUAGGGCUGGAUGGAAUUUUUUCCCCUGGACUCGGGCCAGCUUCGGGGCAGGGGGGUGGGAGGAAGCCAGGCCGGACUGGGCUGGGCGGUGGGGAGGGGCCGGGCAGGGGCCCCCUGGGGAGGGGGCCGGUCCGAGGCCACGCUGCCCGCGGGGUCUAGGGCGGGGGAGCCCGGGCGCUCAGUGCCGGGAGGAGGCACCGGCCGGAGGCAGCGGGCGACCGGGGGCGGAGGAUGGCGGGGCUGGCGGGAGGAAGAAGAGGGGCCGCGGGCGGCUGAGGAGGGAGAGGAUGGAGAAGCUGGGGCUGGGGCUGGAGGAGGACACUGGGUCUCAGCGACGCUGGAGCUGCGGAGCGGUGAGUCUGCGGAACCGGAGGGGGAUGGGACCUGGGCCGGACUCCAGGGUCCCCAAGGGAGGAGGCAGCUAGCCUGGGCCUGGAAUUCUGGCUUCUGGCUUGGAUAGCGAAGUGGUGGUGGUGGUUGUGGUGGCGUGUGUGUGUGUGUGUGUGUGUGUGUGUGUGUGUGUGUGUGUGUGUGUGAGGGGGGUGGUGGUGGUGGUGGUUGGGAGGGAGGGUGGAGAGCUGGGAACCCAGACUUCUGAAUCUUUGUUGGAAGGAGCUAGAGACUAGAUUCUAGGGUCCCCGGGUUUCAGAAGCUAGAAGGAUCUCUUAGAUUCUAGAGGGAGGCUGCAGGAUCCCAAAGUGUAAGGGACCAGAUGCUAGAGACCGCAGGGGAGGUGGAAGAAAACUGUCUGGCUUUGGAGGUGCCUCCAGCGCCCUAAGGGUUAACGUCUGGCUGGAAGGGAGGGGGAGGGGCAGAGAUGGGGCUGCGGGGCUUUGCGGGGUCAAGGGUGAGCCGUGUGAGUGGGAGGGUGCCAGGAGGGGGAGGUUGUCUGGGCUGCCAGACAGACCCGGGUCAGCGCCUGGGGCAGGGGCUGUCUGGUAGUAGAGAGGCCCAGCGUCCAGGUUGCUCUGAGGACCGGGGAUUCCGGGUCUCAGCUUCCUCUUCCCUCAGGGUCUAUCUUCCAAGCCGUUGCCCAGAUUCCACAAGCCAAAGCCCUGGUUGCGGUCUGCCCAGGACCCAGGUGUCUGGGUCACCCAUUUCCUUCUUGCCUCUGACUAAGGAGUCCACUCUCCAGCCAUCACCUCCUGCACAUAAGCAUAGGCCAACCCCAAUCCCCUCCUCCUUCAGAACCCAAGAGUCAGGGCCCCAGACAUUUUUCUUCUUCUCUGCCUGGACUGGGGCAUAGGUGGGGGGCUCCUUCCUGAGAACCAGGUUUCCCCCACCCCUUUUAGCCCCAGCUGGAGUCCAGCCCUCCAGGGGUUAAGGGGGCGGGACCAGUUGGUUGCUAUGGUGCCAGACUGUUUGGGUCUGCUCUCUGACCCUUGGGGGCUCCCUAGGGUCUGCAAAGAGGGGGAGGGGACCCAUGCCCAGGGAGAAGUCGAGCGCCUACCCCUUCCUCAAAGCAAGCCUGUGAACCCAAGGGAGAUGCACCCAAGCCUGGGGCAGUGACCUUGAACCAGUUCGGAACCUUCUCUGUGAGCCUCAGUUGGCCCUCUGAAGAGAAACUUGCAGGGUGUGUGGAGAGAUGUUCAGGGCUGGAGAAUCUUAAAGAUUCUCCCUUCCCUGCUUUCCCUCACCGCCCCCCCCCCCUCAGGCCCCAGGCAGCCCCGGGGCAUGCUGGGAACCCAGGCCUGGGCUCUGAGCCAGGUUGGUUGGGGGGGGGUGGGGGGGCUCCUCCCUUCCCCUUCCUCCCCACCUUGGCCUGACUCUCGCCCCCGCCUGAGGGUCUGGGAGGUUGGGAAGGAGGGAAAGGAGGACUUGAGCUCAGGCCGAAGACUGGUCUCAGGUCCCCCGCCUCCUCUUUUGCUUCUCCGCCCUCUUCCCGCCUCUCCUCCCCCUCCUCAGCAGGUCGCUACCCCGGCCCAGGGCCCCUUCUCAACCCACCCCCACUCCAUCCCCACUCCACCCCCAUUUCCAGACCUGGCUCCGAGCAGCAAGGGGGAGGGAGAGAGAGAAGAGAGAGAGGGAAGGAGAAAGGGAGAAGAAUGGGGGGAGGGGAUGGAGAAGAGGGAAGGAGAAAAGAGAGAGAGAAAGGGAGAGACCCCGGGAGGAGACUGGAAGAUGGGAGGAGGGUAGAAGCUAGACUAAAUAAAAAAGCAGGGAGGAGAAAAAGAGAGGGAGAUAGGAAUCCAGAGAAAAAGAGAGACAAAGCCAGGGAAGGAAAUGAAAGAAGAUUGUGAAAAAGAGGAAGAGACUUGAGAAGUAGAUAUAGAAGAUAGGAGGUGAGGAAGAGAGGUGAAUGUAAAGAGGGUCAGCUAGAACAGAGACAGCGGGAGGAGCAGGCAUUCAGAUAUGGGCGAAGAGGAAAACCUCAUCAGGGAUGAUACAAACAGAGAAAGAAAGGGAGAAUAAGAAAAGAGCAAGGUAAGAAAAAAUGGGUGGAGAGAAAGAAACAAGAAGACGGACAUGGAACCUGGGAGCCCCAGAAGACCAGUUCUGUGCUCAGAGCCUCAGGGUGGGUGCAGGUCCUAGGGCUCCUCCCACCUGCCGACAACUGACUUUGGUCUAGUGGCUUCCCCUCUGGGGGCUCCUGUGUGCUGGGAGCGACCUCAUUUCUGAGUUGGGAGGUGUUGAGGAGACAGGGUCCUGGUUGGUGUCAUUAUUCCUUGACCAUAGCUAUCACCCCAAAGGUUGAGAAUGGUUUUGGAAAAGAUAGGAUUAUUCCAUGAGACCCAUGAGGACUUCUGAUACUCAGAAGGCCUUUAACUCAGGCCUGGGAUAUGAAACCUUUAGGGGUUACAGAAGGGGCUCAGAUUGCCAAGACAAACGGGGAUACAUCCUUUCUGCAGUGCAGAAGUCAGGUCUCUAACCAGAUUGUCUUCUCUAAGGGAUGUGCCUGGUUGGACCCUGAGUCUGCCGGGGAGGGCUAUGGGGUGGAGGAGAACUGUGAGGGUUAGGGACUGAGUCCCUGGGUCUGGACUGAGGAGAAUUGAGUGCAAGGCGGCAGGGUCUGCUUCCCUGGAUCUGUGGGAGGGAGGGCUGUGACCACUACCCCUUAGUCUAAGGGAGGAAGCUUUGGGACUGAGGGAGGAGGGCUGAGGUCUGGAUCUCUGGCCUUGAAAGAGGGGGGCUGGGGCUUAGAUUUUGGGGCUGGGACUGAAUUCCUGGGUUCCUUGGGGAGGAGGGGGCCGGGGGCCCGGACUCCUGGGUCCUGGCACCCACCCGUAGAACCGACCUUGCGGGGCCUUCGCCGCACACAAGCUCGUGUCUGUGGGUCCGUGUCGGGGGCUCACCAUCGCGGCUGGGACCUCCCCGGCCCUCCCCACCCUCCCUACUUCUGGUCUCCCAUCAAUCCAUCUGUCAAUCUGCCCACCUGCCGCGCCCCCCGGGCUGAGGUAGGAGGUUGUAUAGUUGAGGAAGACACCCGAGGAGAUCACUAUACGGCCUCCUAGCUUUCCCCAGGCUGCGCCCUGCACUGGAAGGGGCCGGCGGGGACCCCAGGUCCACACCAUUGCCCAAGAGUUCUUGAUAGGAGCUGGGGUGUCUUCUCUGUUCACAUUCUAUCCUAUCCCUUUUCUUUGCAGUCUCUAUGCCAUCUUGAGAUUUUCGAAUUUUCUGUCUCUGUCUCUUAUGCCAAUGUCUCUAGGGUUCUAGAAGCUUCUGUUUCUCUAGUGCUGUGAAUGUAUCUCUGUGACACUGGGUUUCUGAGCUUUUUGAGGCAUCUCCUGGUUCCUUUCUAUCUUCUGGGGCUUAGGGUAUCUGUUUCUGUCUCGCUUCCCCGUUCCCACCUCUGGGGAAAAGGGUUUUUCUGGUCCACCAUAGCUACACUGCCGGCCUCUGGGUCCCUGAGACCCUUUAACCUGUGAGGACGUCCAGGGUCACAGGUGAGGUUCUUGGGAGCCUGGCGCCUGGCCCAGCCACAAAUUUAGGGAUUUCAGGUGACCCCUGGCAACCUUCCUCUAGCUGGAGCCUGAUGCUUGACCAUCAUUUGAAACUCAAUCUCUGAUCACAGGCUCCCCCUCCCCCACAAUGACCUCACAAAGGUCACUAUCUUCUCCUCAGACCCGGAGACCCUCUGUUAUGGGUCUUAUUUCCUUAGUAGGGAGCAUUGUCCUGUUGUUCCUGCUGAUCUUCAGGGCAUCCACGUGGGCCUGUCUCUUCUGCUUCACUACCUAUGAGGAACGCCUCCGUGUCUGCCAGCUGUUUGUGGGCAGAGAGGAAACCAAGAUAAACCUGUGCAGAAAUGAGCUUGAAGGGGCUUUUGAAGAUCUCAAAGACAUGAAAAUCAGUGAGGAGCCCCUCCUUCCUGAACCAGGGCCCUGGGGAGGGGAAGGAGAUUCCUUGAGCUACUCCAAGAAGAAAAGCCAAGUACAGGAUCAUGACAUAGACACAGAGAAGAGAGACAGGUGGAAACAAUGGAAGGAAACAGGUCCAGAGUGGGGUGGAGACAGACAAAACAGUGCCUCAGAGAGAGUCUAAAGACAGUAAGGGAAAGAGAUGGAAAAGUAGAAGCAUUGCUCAGAGAGAGGAUAUGGAUUGGGAACACAGAUGAGUGGGGAGAUUAGAGACCUGGAGAGAGGGACAGAGAGCUAGGAAUCAAUCCAGAGAGAUGAGAGACACACAGAGAGUAAGGUACAUAGAGAUAAGACAGGAACAGAGUCCCAAAGUGAGGGACAUAGGUAUAGAUACAGAGAGUAGUUUCAGGAAGAAUAGAGAGACAGUGAUCUAGAGAUAGGUGGGACAGAGACCAAUGGGGUUGGAGUAAAGAUGUAGAUGAGGAAGCAGAUCCAGGGUACCAGGUAACAGGCCUAGAGAGAGAGAGAUUAGAUGGAUGGAGAGAUACCAAGAUUGAAGGUUUAGGUUAGGGUUAGGGAAACACACACACACACACACACACACACACACACACACACAGAGAGAGAGAGAGAGAGAGAGAGAGAGAGCUCUAGGUGGGGCACAUAGAACAAUAGACUGGGGCUAUAGAAUCUGGGAUGAUCACAGGGCUUGGAGAUAUUCAGCCAUGAGUGGGACAUAGAGAACACCAUGGAACCAGGUUUGUGCCAUGGUGUCUCAUCUACCUUCAGACUAUGAUGAGAGGAGCUACCUGCAUGAUGAAUUUACACAGAUGACAGUUUCUCUUCAGGAGAAGGCUGCUAGACGACGGGGUGAGUGUUUUAUGGGCAUAAGUGGUGGGGAAAGUCAUCUUGAGGAAGUGACCCUGGGAACCUGUCUGAGUUAGGUUAUUUGUUGAGGAAACUCCAGAGAUGAGGGGAGUCAAAGAUGGCAAGGAACUGAGGGAAGUAAAUAAGUCACAGGGAGUCUGAAGCUUUUGUGGGGUCAAGUACAUGUGACCUAUCUGGGAUUCUCACUGUCAGGACUCUGAAGCCUGGAUGUGUUCCUGCCUCUCAACCUGGGUUCCAACUACUCACCUGUAAGAUAGUAAAUUUCUUAGGCUCUCAGAUUGAGUCAUUCUUGUCAUCUCUGAAGGUGGGACAUUCUCAUCUCCUAGGGUGAGACAUUCUCUUUAUCUCCCAGAGAGGUCGGAGCUCAUUGGGAAGGAAUGGUUCUUUUUUGAGAUAGGUGUUAUAGAAGAUAUGAUCCCUUCAAACAAAACACACACACACACACACACACACACACACACACACACACACACAUUGCUCAUGGCUAGUGAAGAUAGGAAGAGUGGAGCUAGCCAUUCAGGGGAAGACAUAGACAUAGUCAGGGCCAGACUCUUCCUGGGACAUUAGAGAACACCAUACACAUGUAGCUGUAUGGAGCAGACAUAAGGAUCUGAGGACAUGAAUUUCAAAAAGAUGUGAUUAACACUAAUCACACCAGAUGCUCCCAACUGCUGGGCACACAGUCUCUUAAGUAUAUUAGAUAGGAGUAUUAUAGCUAUGUGAGAAUUCCUUUUUGUUUGUUUAUUCAAUUAAAGGAUAAAUUGGCCAUUCCCACAAUCUGGGAGUUCAAGGCUUUUUUUUUUUUUUUUUUUUUCCUCAACUACAAUGGUUCAUUUUGUUCCCACUAAGUUUUAUAUCAGAGGCCCCCCCAAACAAAGAAAGGGACCAUUUAUUCAGGAGUGUCCAGGACUAUCCAGAAUUUUCUGUGUGUCCAAAGAAAAAUCAGAGGAACCUGAGAGAUGGAAGGAAUGUAGAAUGCUGGGAUAUGGAUACUGUUGUUGACUGGACAUGUCUCCAUAUUGAAAACUUGGAAAAAUAGACCAAGGGUAGCUUUUGGGAGUAGGAGAGCUCUUUCUAAUGUGAGACAGAUUUGGGGGCAGGUGAAGGUUCUGGUUAGAGAGGAGGGGGUCUGAUGCAGAUCUGAGGCCAUAGUGAAGAGGAGUACAACUGUCUCUAGAUCAUGCUCCUGUGGAGUACUACUGUCUCUAGAUCAUGCUCUUGUGGAGUACAACUGUCUCUAGAUCAUGCUCUUGUGGAGUACAACUGUCUCUAGAUCAUGCUCCUGUGGAGUACAACUGUCUCUAGAUCAUGCUCCUGUGGAGUACAACUGUCUCUAGAUCAUGCUCCUGUGGUUAAGCAUUGGCCCCAGAUGCUUCAUUUAGAUCCAGCUUCUUGACUCUGGUACUUCUCCUUGUAGAUGAGCCAUAAUGUACCAUGCUUUAGUUAAUACUUCUAACUCCCUCUUAACAGUUUCAUAGACACAUGUAGUUUGGUUUUACCUUCCAUGCUCUGACAGAAUACCUGGUAAUCAGCUUAAUGGAACAAAGGUUUAUUCUUGAUCACUGUUUGAGGGUAUAGUCCAUCAGGUCAAGAAGACAUGGCAGGAGUGUGAGGUGUCUGCACACACAGGAAGCAGGGAGAGAUGAAUGAUGGUGUUCAGCUUUCUCCAUUUGAUUCACUCUGGAACUCCAGUCCAUGAUAUGGUACCACCCGUAUACAGGGUGCGCCUACCCACUCCUCCACAGGUCCAGAGGUUGGUUUCCAUAAUGAUUCUAAAUCCUAUGAACUUGACAAAAAAGAUGAACUUUCAUACUUGUCUAGGGUCCCCCCAAAGGACAGGACCUCAUUUUAACCUCUCUAAUAAUGCUGUCUCCAAGUACAGUGGCUUUCUCUUCCAUAAUGUAAUGGGGAUUAGGAUGUCACGUAUGAAUAGGGUUGGGGGGUAUACACUGUCAUAUCCAUGUCUACCAGAAGGCUGGUCUCUGGAGAGCUCCAGCUCAUGAACUGGUGGUAUUCUGGUAGUUAGAAUUAAGGCUUCGAAUAUUAAAAUGUGAAGGGGUAGAAAUGAAUGGUGGUUUGCAUAAGGAAGGAGGGGCACUUGGAAGUGCUCUUUUUAAAGGGAAUGGUGGUCACUGACCUGCUAACUACUGCUUUAUGGCACUGUAGCCCAUGUUUUAUAGUUUUGUACAUUUUCAAAUUGUGUGUGUGUUGGGGUGGGGAGGAGGGUUGGUGGAUGUGUGUACCAAAGCCUUUGAAGGCCAGAAGAUGAACUUCAGAUGCCCUGAAGUUGGAGUUAACAGAUGGUUAUGAAUCUCCUGACACGAGUACUGGGAAACAAAGUAGGAUCCUGUGCAAGAGCAGUUCAUUGGUUUAACUUCAGAGCUAUCUCUUCAGCCUCCUUCCCAUUUUAAAAAAGAGAUAGCAAGCUUUUAUAUGAUGUCCCAAAGUCAUAUAUUGGCAACCAGCUCAUAUGCAGAAAAAGAAAUAAGCUGGGUGUGCACAGCCAUGGUGCACACUUUUAAUCCCAGGACUUGACCCACAGAGACCAGCCAAUUUCCAAGUUCAAAGCCAGACUGUUAUACAGUGUUCCAGGACAGCCAGGGCUAUGCAGAGAAACUCUGUCUCAAAAAACUGGGGGGAAAAAAUAUUCCUGUCUGAUUUUUAUCAGACAGGUGAUGCAUUUGGGUCUAAGGCCACUUCUGUUGACCUAGUUCUUGCUGGACUCUAGAAUUCACUCAACAUAUAUUUCCCUGUUUUCUUUUUUGUGUUCUGAGGAUGCAGUAUUCAAGAGUUCAGGGACCAUUGAGAAGAGAGGGUGGAAAUAUUUUUAAGGGCCAGAGUUCUAGGAGGACUAGACAAAGUGGUGUGUCCUGGACAUGUUCUGCUGUACAUAAAGCAGCUGUGGUUGCCUGCACAAGAUCAAGUCUGUCGACAUUCCAGCACUGUGGGGGAGGGGCUCACAAGCCUUCACCUCUAUCUGAGGCCAUACUUACAGUGGAUGGCUCUUGCAGGAAUUAGAGCCAAUUAUUUUCAAGGGUGCAUGCAGUCCAUGGUAGAUCUGUAGGCUGAUCAUGCUCUAGUGGAUGUUCAGCACAGCUUGAACUGAGUGGUUUACUAUAGUAAACAAACAAACAAACAAACAUGAAGAGGGUUGGGAGGAGUAGGAGGUAGGUAGGUUUUGAAGAUAGGAGCGGAGAUAAAUAUAAAAUAUAUUGCAGGCAUGUAUGAAGUUCUUAAAGAACAAAAAGACAUUGAUUAAAAAUAUAUCAAAUGCCAGGUGUGGUUGUGUGUGCCUUUAAUCCCACCACUGGGGAGGCAGAGGUGGUAGGCAGAUCUCUGAGUUCAUAGCCUGCCUGGUCUACAGAGAAGUCCAGGCCAGCCUGGAACAUAGUGAGCCACUGUCUUGAAACAAAAUGCCAAAAAGAUGGACUUAACCCAUUAGCAUAUGUAAGCAUCUAAAUUACAUAUACAUCUGUGUAGCUGCAAACUGGUGGAGCCUAUGUACACUGUGUACAAUGAGAGAUAGGGGUGGGGGACUUUAGUACAGAAGUGGUGUGAUCAAAACCCUUGCAGUGAUAAAUAAGGUGAUAGAGAAUGGUGGGGAGCUGGGCAAAAGAUGUUUAUAAAUUAAAGAGUUCCAGGUAACCUAGAGAUAGAAAGUGGGCAAGAGUUCCUCAACAGAGAAAUAGGAAACUGAACCAGCAUAGUAGGGCUCAGUAGGCCCUGCAGAGGGUUUGAACAUUAUCCUCCCAUUUCCACUGAGACAUAAAUGGAUAGUUCUUUCAGGAGGCAGAAAGAACACUUGGGGGAAGUUUGCAACCCUUCCCUUUGUAUCUGUGGGAAGAGGAAACAGCCUGUGCUUAUGGGAGAGGCAGCAAGACCCAGGGAAAGGGGCUCUUAGUACAACCACCCUGCUUCAUCCUUCAGAGCCCUUUUGGCUUGCCUUCAAAGAUGCUGCUGCAAAAUUGAAGAGGACCAUUGAACACCUUAAAAAAGGUAAACCGGCCUCCAACUCCAUCCCCUGCAGACAUACCCCAUACUACACAGGUGGGUGUUCUGAAUCCAGCCUAAAUGCUGGGAACAGUGGAUUUCCUAUUCUAGUAUAGUUCCGAUGGCAGUCCUGGCCCACAUCCACCCCAGCCUCUUCUGAGUUCUGUUUCUGGCUCUGCACUCAAAAGCAUCUUCUCUAGGCGGUGCUUCUUUGGCAGGGCCUUCUAAUUAGGUGCUGACUCCUUAAAGGAUUGGUUGCCUGGGAUCUACUCCCACCCUCCAGGGUAAUGAAUCCAAGGCUGGUUCUUCCUCAAGGCGUCUUUAUCCCCACCACAUUCCCCUUUUCAUAGACGGCUAACUGCAAGCCUUAAGCCUGGUGAUGCACUUGGCCUUGCUCCAUCCUUUUGAGUGAAGCUCCAUGGCCUUAGCCUUGCACCUUAGGAACAAUGUAUUAUGUCCCCAAGUGCUGUUCUCUAGAGUAUAGGGUUCCCUGCCUAUAAUAUCUUAUGGAGGUGCUUUAGGUAGGUCCCUCUGUCAACCACCUGGGUCUUAAUGCUUCCUUUCUCUCCACAGCCCCGGCCUGCAUCCCUCCUUGUGGUCUCCAGGAGGUGGCUAGGCUUUUCCACUGCUCGGGCUGCUUUUCUAAACUCUGCGAUCUGCCUCUCGAUUGUCCAGGUCCGAACUAAGGACGUUACGUACUUCCGUGAUAUGCCGGGGGCUCACGGGUACCUGGCACGAAUACGGCCAGUGCAACCCAAACACGGUGGGACCUUUUCCUGCGUGAUCCUGCACGACCAGCGCCCCCUGGCGCGGCUCUACUUUUAUCUGAACGUGACGGGCCCUCCUCCGCCUGAGGACACUGAGCUCCAGGUCACGUUCCGGGAAGUGAUGAAUCGGACGCCGGCGGAGCCGGAAAUGAUCCAGCCCUGGAGCCCCAGCCUAGGCGAACUACUUACCAACCCCCAGGCUCUGACGCUUGGCAACCUAUUCCUGCUCGCGGCCACCGCUGCACUUGGGUCUGCCAGUGUUACUCUGCUAGUGUGGCUGUUUUUUCGAUGGUACUUAAGUGGCAACUAACAAAUCCUGAUCCUACAUCUGUCCUGGAAAUAAAGUAUAUAUUUUAGUUCGUU